AUGGCAUCAACAACUAUGCCGAUCGAGAAAUCUGAGAAAGAAUGGAGAGCAAUUCUUUUCCCCGAGCAGUUUCGCAUCCCCCUCCUGAAAGGAACUGAAUUAAAGUCUACCACCAAAUUUGAUUCUGGUUGUGGUUGGCCUACUUUCUUCGAGGGUUUUUCUGGAGCCAUCAAUCGGUUUCCUGAUCUAGAUGGUAGAAGGAUUGAGAUAACUUGUGCAACAUCUAGUGUGCAUUUGGCUCACGUAUUCAAGGGAGAAGGGUUCAAGGUUCCAAUGGAUGAACGUCAUUGUGUCAAUAGUGUUUCUGUCAAGUUCAUUCCUGGAAAUGUUGCUUCUUCCAUAUGA